AUGAUCUCAAGAAUUGCUAUCGCUCGCGCCGUCGCGCCCCGCCGCAUGGCCGCCGCCGCCGCUGCCAUUCCCCGCGCGUACUCCACCGGCGUUGACAACUCGUUCAACAAGAAGGAGCAGGCCCACGAGACCGAAUACGCUCGCCGUCACGAGCAGGAGCAGCUCGAGAAGCUGCGCAAGCAGAUCGCCGAGAAGAAGGCUGAGCUCGAGAAGCUCGAGCAGGAGCACAAGGAACAGGCCGAGAAGACUAAAUAA